GUGAUUCCCAGCUUCAGUCAUGUUGGCAGCACGAUGCGAGACGGAGACGAGCGCGAGGCUGUGAAAGCGGACCCUCUGCCAGGGAUGGAGACGAGUCCCUGAGACCGCCGCCAACCCGGGAUACCGCCUAUCUGGACUCAUAUGUGUUUUUCUCUAUGAGUGGGGGGGCUGCCUUGUCCUGCGUUUUUUUAUUGUUUUUUUUUUUUUUUUUUUUUUAUUCCCCCUCUUCCUGCAAGCAGCCUAUAGUGGACCUGGAUGCCGUGUGGGCGAUACAGCCACAAGGGAUGUAUUGUGAAUUGGCGGAGAUGUUUUAGUCAGCUUCACAUAGAAUAAAAACAAUUAAAAAAAACAUCCAACCUUACACGGGAUCUUAAAGAUCGCCACCUGUUACCAGAAAAUCAGACUGGACCUCUGUGGAGCAGAACAUUACCGUAGCCCCUUCCUCCCUGAUACUGCAGUGCAGACACAGUUCAGGGACCUUUAGAAGAGAUUCUUUCCUCCAAACGAUAACCUCAAUCUGCUCUCCAGCAUUUGCUCUACUGGGAAUAACCCUGCUAACACACGCACACACAGCCAGCAGGAAUAGUGACAGUGUUGCUCUCCUGCCUCCCACAUAUGACAGCCAUGAUCCUGAGAGGCCCCCUGCUACGGCUAAGAUCAGGGAUCAGCCUGCUGCUCGAUGGCUAGACCUCAGCACUCAAAGAGCCGGGGGCCUUUCUGUUGAGAAUCCCUCACUGCAUUGUAGCACAUGGAUUUCAAGACUUCAAAUGAAGAGACAAAGACUGGGAUUUAUUUGAUGCAAGAAGGUAAUGAGGAGCCAUUUAAUAUUCGACUACACUUGGCCAAAGAUAUUCUUACCAUUCAGGAACAAGAUGUCAUCUGUGUUUCGGGAGAACCUUUUUAUUCGAGUGAGAGGACUGUAACGAUCAGACGGCAGACGAUUGGAGGGUUCGGUCUCAGCAUCAAGGGUGGAGCGGAGCACAAAAUCCCUGUUGUCAUAUCAAAAAUAUCAAAAGAACAAAAAGCUGAACUCUCUGGGCUACUUUUUAUCGGAGACGGCAUCCUUCAGAUAAAUGGAAUAAAUGUCAGAAGCUAUCGCCAUGAGGAAGUGGUGCAGGUUUUGAGAAACGCAGGUGAAGAGGUAACUCUCACAGUGUCAUUCCUGAAGAAGACUCCAGCCUUUUUGAAACUGCCGCUGUGUGAGGACUGCACAUGCAUCCCCAGCGACCAGAGUAGCGGGACAUCAUCUCCCCUGUGUGACAGCGGCCUUCACUUAAACUACCACCCCAACAACACGGACACACUGUCCUGCUCAUCCUGGCCCACUUCUCCAGGGCUUCGUUGGGAGAAGAGAUGGGUGGACCUGCGCCUCAUUCCUCUCUUACACUCACGUUUGUCGCAAUACAUCCCCGGCUCUGACGUCUGCAGGAAAAAUGCUUUCCAGGUGAUAGCAGUAGAUGGAGUCUGCAGUGGAGUCAUACAGUUUCCCAGUGCUGAAGACUGCUUGGACUGGCUUCAGGCAAUAGCCAGUAACAUUUCCAGUCUCACCAAGCACAAUGUGAAGAAGAUUAAUAGGAAUUUUCCUGUGAACCAACAGAUCAUCUACAUGGGCUGGGUGGACGAGAAAGAGCAGGACUCUGUUCAGGACCGGAUGUACUCACCAAAGUUUCUCGCUCUGAGGGGUUCCUCACUCUUCAAGUUCACAGCUCCUCCAGUGACGACGUGGGACUGGACCAGAGCGGAGAAAAGCUUUACCGUGUAUGAAAUAAUGUGCAAAAUUUUAAAGGACAGUGACCUUUUGGACAAAAGGAGGCACUGCUUCAGUGUUCAGACGGAGAGCGGGGAAGAUAUGUUCUUCAGCGUGGAGCUGGAGUGUGAGCUGCUAAUCUGGGAAAAGGCUUUUCAGAUGGCAACGUUCCUGGAGGUGGAGAGGAUACAGUGUAAAACGUAUGCUUGCAUAAUGGAGAGUCACCUCAUGGGACUUACAAUUGACUUCGGCAUGGGCUUUGUCUGCUUCGAUGCUGCUUCAAAGGCAGUACUGUGGAGAUACAAGUUUUCCCAGCUAAAAGGAUCAUCAGAUGAUGGAAAGAGCAAGAUCAAAUUCUUAUUCCAAAAUCCAGAAUCCAAAUCCAUUGAAGCAAAGGAGCUGGAGUUUUCGAACCUCUUUGCUGUCCUCCAUUGUAUUCACGCUUUCUUUGCUGCCAAAGUUGCUUGCCUGGACCCAGUGUUUGUGGAGAGUCAGGGCAACGCUACAACAGCUGGAAUUCCUUCACUGUCCAGCCUCUCAUGCAACUCACAGACUCCAAAACUAAAAUACACCACUUGACAGGUGCUACUGCCUCUGGACCACUUUAAAAGUAAAUACUAGAAUCACCUACGUCAGUGGGAAUGUGAACGUGGAUCAAUGCUAUAACAAUGUUUCAGAUACUUGAGAUGGAAAAAAGACCUCCUUGUGGGUGUUACACUUAAAAUCUCUAAGGAUUCAGGAAUUAUGUUGGACCUGACAUUGAAUCUCUGCUUUGAAUAACUUCUCAGAAAGACUUCAUGAACAUGAUGUGAGAUUUUGUCUUUCUGUAAAGCCUCAGAAACCACAUGAUCAUGUAAUCAAACAAAAAUCCUUAGUAAUUCCCCACAUUAGUUUACCGCCCCUUUUUUUUCUUUUUUUUUUUUGACAAAACAUCACUGAAUAUCCUGGGCGAGAGGUUGCUUGCGUUAAGAUCUGCACACUCAUGGAUUAAAGGGUUUGUACUUAUAAAAUCAUAUGUGUGCAUAUGAAUUCUUUUCACUUGAUUAACAAAUUGAAGCAUUUGCAUGAAAGCUAAGGAAGACCUUAACUUUGAUUGUUAAUCUGGAUGGGAUUUUCUUGGGAACGCAAGCUGACUGUUCUUUUAUCUGGAGGUUAUGACAUUAUUUGUUUUCUUAGGAUAAUAGCUUUAUCUGCUAAUCCUUAUUUGGAUGUGAUUUUCUUUAGACUGAAAGCUAAUUAUUUAUAUUGACAAUUACCAAGCUACAUUUUUCUCCUUAUGUUGAGAAAACUAACUUUUCUUUCUUAUCAUACUGGCUCCACCUGUCAUAAUAUUAAUUUGGAUGUGGGUCAGAAUGUCAUAAAUUGAGGGGUGUUUUUUUUGUUUACAGAAAAUAAGGCAAUUUAAUCACUUUAUCUUUUGCAAAAUAAUUAGUUUCUUUUUAAUAGAAUAGAUGUACUAGCCGAUAUUGUUGAUA